CUUAACUUUGACACCUCUCUCCUGUUUCACUAUAGCUAGGUUAGUGGUAAUUAAUUUUUACAAUCUAUAAAAUUUAAACUAAGAUGUUAGGACAAUCUAAUUAAAAUUAAAUCCCAUGAUCCGCUCAUCUACUAUCGCUACACAUAGGUAGGUGAGCGGAUAUCAUAUAUGAUCUAAUUUUAAUAGAUUGGAUGUUAGGAUUGUAUUUUCUUUAAUUUGGUUAUGCUUAUCUCUCACUCUUUUUACUGUUGUAAAUUAAUGUUAUAAAAAACUUUAUCCUGAAUUUUUCCAACACUCUAUAGUUUAUUUCAUGGAUUAAUUUACACUCAAGUAGGCGGGUCUAUCAAAGGUGAAACGUGUCAGUUUGCAUGAGAGGAUGAUUCAUCAAAAUUCUUUGUUUGUGAACCUUUCCAUUUUGUUCUUUGUAAAUUCGGAUAUGUUAAAACACGUUUUUGUGAAAUUCAUGUUUAUAAAAUUUAUUGAUAUAUUCGGAUUUGAAUAAAUUUUGGAACUCUAAAUAUAUAGCCUUGUUUCUACAAAGAUACACACGUACAUAUUUAUUUGCGCUCCCAAACACCAUUCUAAAAUGAGAAAUCCCAGAUAUUUUGAAGGUCACACGUGUCAAUAAUAUGUGAGUGCAUGUGCAUCAAAUAAAAGCAAAAACAAAGUGUGUUUUUAAAAAACAACUUACUGGAUUUGAUUUGAUUAAUUUCAUGAAAUUGAAUCUCAAGUAACAAUCUUUUCUUUUUCUUCUUCUUUUUUUUUUUUUUUUAUAUGGGUGUUGUUGUUGUUGCUAUACUGUACAUGGAACUCAUGAGUGACAUUUUUUUUCAUGUAUAUGUUGUGCGAAUAUUGACUAUUAGCGAAAUACAUUGGUACGACUUAUUUUAAGAAACGAAAGUAAUCAUUUGUGAUCUCCACUAACUAAAGAGUUCCAACAUAAAUUUUCCGUGGAAAAUGAUUACAUACGAAGCAACAAGAGGCAAUUCAUGAUAUAUAAUCUUAUUUAAAACGAGUGAGGGAAAUAAGAGAUUCCAUAACAACAGAGCUGUGAUUCAGAACAAUUUCUAUUGGUUGACUCCUGGGAAUUUAAGACAUUAAGCAGGUUUAUUCAGUGUCAAAGGGGAAAGAAACGUGACUGUGAAAUGUGAAAGUUAUCCUGCAACAACUGACCUAAAUAAUUGUACAUAACAAGGAGAACGGUGGAAGAAAAACCUCCAAUGAAGGCAGCAGUGAUCACAGAGAUUCCAGGGAAUAUCAGAAGACAUUGAUUUAUGAAUUUGAGAUGGAGAACCUGACUGGUAGAUCUAAGAACUGUGACAUGGAAGAAAUCUACAAAUAAAUACCGCUUGUGGUCAGAGGAUGGCAUGAGGAGUAGCUGUUUAGUGUGGUACCCUUUCUCAGCUUUCACCAAUGUCUGGCGGUGCCUGCAGUCACUAUUUCAUCCACAAUACAACAGAGCAGGAGUCAUCAGAUGAUGCCUAUUUCAGUUGUACAUCAGUGGAUGAUCGCAUGUCCCCUCAAUGUUCCAGCAACGAGAUGACGAACUGUAGUUGUUCCUCGCUGGAAGAUUCCAGCUGUCCUCCCAAUGAGUUGCAGGCUGUGUGCCUGAAUGGUGUCUCUCCAGACCGCGUUAAAAGACGGUCUUGUACUCGACAAAAUUCAUCAAUUCCGGGUGAAAAAUAUUUGUGCCAGAAGGACUCCAAAGGCCAUGUGUCGAGGUACGACGUACGUAACAUGGAACUUAUAUCUGCCGAUUGUUAUCGCAGUGAUGUUCCCUACAGUCAGGAAGCGAUGGAUGAUGAUGGGAAUAAAACUCCAAACAAAAAUCACAAGUGCUCAAAUUCUGAAACAGAUAUUCGGUAUCAACCCACCUGUGAUGUGAGCUCGUGGGGACAUUUUUCUCAGUGCAUUAAAAACCGUUACAAAUAUCGGCGGAGUGACUAUUCUAGUGAAAGUGAUGAAGAACGAAGUACUCCACAAUGGCCAAAUAAAGCGGAGAUGGUUCAGCCCCAGAAAAGUCAUCUUCCAACCUAUGAUCUGAGUGUUCUGACUCCUGUGUUAAAACCCAAGGACACGUCGGCUAAAAAGGACGUCAUCAAAACCAUACCAACUCGAACAAAAGAUGGCAUCAAACCAACAGUCUUCAAGGAAAAAUUAGCAACAAUCCUCCGCUGGUUCAAUGAAUUCAACGACAUCCAGAAAAACACACUGAUAAACAGAUUACUGAAGGAUUGUGAUUUGCCUCAGAACCACCUACUGUCUGUGAGGGUGUCCUCUCAGCUUCACAAAGGAUGUCCCCCAAACUGUCAGGACAUCAUCACAUGGCUCCCAGCCACCAUAGCAACCAAAAUCAUGUCCUACCUAGAUCCUGUGAGUCUAUGUAGAGCAGCCCAGGUUUGUCGGGUGUGGCGUUACAUCACAGAAGACCCGUCUCUCUGGCGGAAAUUCUGUUGUCAACAAAAAUGGAGACUAUCCAAGGCAGCUGAACACAAACAAGUCAUCAGUCACAUGACCGCUGGCAGCAUUAUGUGGAAGAAAGUAUUUGCUGAGCGAUUCCGACUACGAAACAACUGGUUGAGUGGUCGCUGUACUGUCAGAACGUUUGAAGGUCACUCUCAAGGAAUCUCCUGUGUACAGUUUGAUGACACCAGGAUAGUGAGCGGAUCCUCAGACAAAACUAUCAAGGUGUGGAACAUUCGAACCAAUGCCCAGUGGUCAGUCCAGACUCUGGUUGGACACAGUGGGACAGUUCGUUGUCUUCACUUGGAAGGCAAACGAUUGGUCAGUGGUUCGACGGAUAAAUCUAUCAAGGUGUGGGAUUUGUCCACUCAGGAGAGCUGGUCCAGUAUUGCUUGUAAAGUGACCAUGAUUGGACACACAGACACUGUCAGGUGCUUACAGGUGGAUGAUGAUAAGGUUGUCAGUGGAUCAUAUGAUAAAACAUUGAAGGUGUGGGACAUCAGAAGUGGAGAUUGUAGGAUUACACUAAGGGGGCAUCAGGCCGCUGUGUUGUGUGUACACUUUAACGACACGAAGCUCGUCUCUGGAUCCUGUGACAAAGCCAUCAAAGUAUGGAAUUAUGAGGGGGCGUGUCUACGAACAUUGACGGGACAUCAAGACGCAGUGACCUGCCUACAAUUUGACUCGACGCGGAUAGUCAGUGGUUCGUUAGACUGCACCCUGAAGUUCUGGGACAUCCAUAAUGGGACCUGUAUAAACACCAUAGACUGGAAGGACGCGGAGGGUCACACUGGUGUCGUGAGGUGUUUGCAGGCAGACAGUUGGAGGUUAGUGAGUGCAGCAGACGACAAAACUAUCAAGGUUUGGAAUCUGGAGACGGGGGAGAGAUUGGUGACCCUCAGGAACCACACAGAUGGGGUCACCUGUAUGCAGUUUAAUGACUUCAUCAUCGUGUCAGGGUCAUAUGACAAGACGGUCAAACUGUGGGAUUUCAGCUGCUGCUAGCCGUCUCUACGUUCAACAGCAAUUCUAACAUUUCCACACCCUGCAUGCCUGCAUAUUAAGGGCAGUAGGAAUCGACGUCAACUUAUGAAGGACCACGUUAAAUUCUCUUUUGGUGCAGAAUUUGAGAGUAGAGGAAUCGUUGAGAAUGGGUUAUGGGUUUAUUUAAGGUGUUACAUUUGUGAGAGAAAAUGCCUUAAAAGACAGAUUAUGGUUAGACCUUGAUAUGAUGGUUUUGUUAAGAGAGGAAUGCUGUGAUAUUUGUCGUAUCACACAGUACUGAAACACUACGAGGGACUCACAGGUCUCUCAAUGUCUUUAAUUAAUAGAGACUUGCAUUUUCACAGAUGCUUCUGCUUUGUAUUGAGUUUCCAGAUUUGUAAUCAAAAUUUGGGCAGCCUCGCUGUUUUUUGCGCUAUAUUUGUAACUGAGGAAUGGUUGUGAGUGGAGGAGUUCCGUCGAUCCAGCUUGUGUUGUGCGUAAAUCGAAUGAGACACACAGGGGCUGGACUAAAUGUUACGAUUUUUCUAAGAAAAUAAGCCUUGAUUUUUUUGUACUGAGAACAAAUUUUAGCCCAAAAGUCACGAUAUUGCAGAUCAUGGUCACAUGAUCAGGUGACAGUCUGUGAUUCCUGCAUUUGAUCUCAUAUAUUUUUGUUUUGUUCUAUUGUUUGUUAGAUAGGUUGUAUUUUCAAAUUUUAAUAGCUACAUUUUUUGUAAGACCUAAAUAUUGAGUGAUCUCGUGUUUAGUAUAUAAGUUGUCUUCUAUGUGUUUUUAUAUUUAUGUUGAUUAAUAUAGUACCAGCUGUAUCCAUUUUUUUGCAUCAAAAAAGCUGUAUUUUUCAUUUUUGUCCAGUGAAUUUUUUCUGAGAUGUUGAGGUGUAUAUUAUAUUUGUUUUUUACCAAAAAAAAAAAAAAAAAGAAUUACCGAAAAUAUUGGUGCAACAUGGUAUGAACACAGCGUUAAAAAAAAUGACCAUGAACUCUAGUUGAACAUGGUCAGAUAAGCAAGUCUUAUUCCAAUGAUUUCCCGUAGAUAUUUAUGAUAGACUCUUUUUUUUUUUGUAUGUGUAAACACAGAUUUUUUUAACACAGUAGGUUGUGGUGUUAGUGUUGUGAGUACUUUUGUGUUGUGUUUGUAUUUAAGACUUGCUCAUUAGUAUAAAAAAAAAAUUCUCAGUUAUUGGGCUGUGAUAUUCGUCUUUACAGAUGGUUGUGAAUGACCGAUUGUUUUACACACCGCAUGUGUGGCAUGGAGUGAGCGAUGUGUCCUGGAGACGUUCUUUUAUAAGCUUAUUUCAACAGUACUUCUCACCAAUGCCUUCUUUCUGAAUGAACUCGACCGAGUAAAAGUAGUGCGUUGUAUAAUAUUAGGGAAUAAUUAUCUUCUCAUUCAUUAUUUGUGACCAUUAAUGCUGAUUUAAUGGUCUCAAACUAAGUUUUACCUGUGUUGCAGUAGUGGAACCAGUAAAAAUGGAUGUUUGAGAUUGUUGAAUACGCCAGUUUCGAGAUAAGAGCUCUCCUGUGUAGGAGGUACAUUUAGUAGAACAUUGAGUGCCUAAGUGGGACAGAGUGAAUUUACAGUCAGUGAGGAAGACGAUAAAAUGUAUUAAAAAGAGUUUCUCUUUGAAUAUGUAAAUGUAGGAAAUACAAAAUACUAUCAAAAGAAAUGUUUUACUAAAGGAGAAACAUAAAAACGUCAUAUUUGAAAGUAAUAUCCUGGAUAUGAUACCUAUGACAAACAAAAUUAUAUGAUAUGAUAAGAAUCUCACGUAUUUAAUUACUCCCUAAAUACUUUUCACUUACUUAGUUUGUGUAUCAGUUGAAUUUUGGUGGUGAAAAAGCGUAUGAGAAACUUACUGAGCACAUUCACUUAUGCCGUGAUGAAUAUUCGUCCCACUCCCGCAUGUAAACAAGUUGUUUCGCGCCUUACUAUGUACGAGAGUUCUUCAAAUGGAAAUAACUCAAACGUAUUUCGAAACCGGCGUAUUAGCACUAAUGUUCGCAAAUAACAAAUGGGAAGAUUGUUACUUUCCAUUCUAAUGCAAUUUUACAUUUUUUUUAAAAAUGUUAACAUAUAAUUUCUUUGGGUUUGCAGUUUCGUUUUAUGACAGUAAAUAUUUACGCUUGACGUUAAGUUUAUGUGUUGUGGUAUCUAAUUUAUGAUGUCAGAAUCAGAAAUUCUCUAUUUCAUUCACCCAUGUUACCUGCCUCAAACGUCAGUGUAUUAGCUAAUCAAAAUGCAGAUUACAAAACAGCUGUAUUAGAAUCACAAAUUUCAUGGGACUUGCAAUCAAGGCUCCUCCUUAAUUUAGUUUUUAUUUACUUCCAACCUAUAAAAGCAAGUUAUCACACAGCAUUGGAUACCUUUCCAUUCAUUUAGUAUAGUGAAGAUGGAUUAUUUUUUUCCUUUACAGGGAUUAUUUUGAUAAGAAAUCUCAAGAUAAACAUUGAAUUUUUUUGUUUACACACUGUUGUGUUUCAUUUUCUUGUAAAACGAGGAGAUAUGUACAAAUUGGCGUGUUUGCUUAAAUGUUAAAAACCUGUUUAAUAUUUCAUGAUUUUUAAGAUUUAUGUUUUGUUGAUGUGAAUUCCCUAUAGUCGGGCAUCCUGUUGUCAGCUUCUGCUGUGUGUGUGGUGUGUCAUUGUAGAUUUCAAUGUCCCUUCUCCCUUGGGGUAAGAGACACUAGAAGCUCGUACUCAUUACAAAUGUUGUUUAAGACAAGAGAAGAUGUUGUGACCUUGAACUCCAAUAUGUUUGUGACCUUGAACUCCUGAAGUCUUUGCCCUGAUUGUAACUUUGUCAGAGAGAAACAUUACAAGUUCAUGUUUUACAGAAAGGUUGCUACUGCCCUGAUGGUGUCUUAACUUUGAACAAAAUUUAUUAAACUUUGAAAAGCUGAACUCAUAGGAUGUAAAAAAUACAUAACACCAAACCUACAGCAUUUAAUUUGCAUUUACUUCUGUACUGCAUGAUAAUGAUGUAAUUUGUUUCGAUAUGAAAGUGAUUUGUAAGUCAUGUGAAGGUGAUUUGUAAGUCAUGUGAAGAUGGUUUGUAAGUCAUGUGAAGGUGAUUUGUAAGUCAUGUGAAGGUGGUUUGUAAGUCAUGUGAAGGUGGUUUGUAAGUCAUGUGAAGGUGGUUUGUAAGUCGUGUGAAGGUGGUUUGUAAGUCAUGUGAAGGUGAUUUGUAAGUCAUGUGAAGGUGAUUUGUAAGUCAUGUGAAGGUGGUUUGUAAGUUGUGUGAAGGUAGUUUGUAAGUUGUGUGAAGGUGGUUUUUAAAUCGUGAAGUUAGUUUGUAAGUCAUGUUCAUAUGAAGGUGGUUUUUAAAUCAUGUGAAGGUAGUUUGUAAGUUGUGUGAAGGUGGUUUGUAAGUCAUGUGAAGGUAGUUUGUAAGUCAUGAAAGUGAUGUGUACAUGUACAUAAGUAAGUUGUGACUUUUGAUGAGGCAUAAUCCUAUAGAGACACAACAUUGUACUAACCAUUAGUAUGCUAGUUAAGUAAUAAGAAAGAUUCUCCCUAACAAAGUUUUUUAACAUUGUACAGAGUAAUUACAUCCUGAAUAGAAUAUUGUAAUAUGUGGCUUACUGUCGCCGGUGCUUCUGAUGAAAAGGAUGUAGUGAGUUGUUAGAUAGCAACAAUCCUACAACAGUGAUGAUAUAUAUCUAUGGUGAGGUUGCAGAAUUCAUGUCCUGACAUUUUAUUACAUGUUACUGGAGACAUUACAUUAUUUCAUUUGUUUCAAAUUUGAUCCUUUCAUUUACAGUAUAGAAUGAUGUAAAUUGUACUAUAUCAUCUAUGUAAAGGGCAGAUUACGCUUUAUUUCACUAUUUUUCCUACUGAAAAUAUAACAAUUUGGUCGUCAGUCAUCUCUCUCCUUGAUAGCAGGCUACAUGUUUUUAAUAUUUUGAUGUAGAAUACUAGAUGCCUAGACAGCAGCUGACUCUUUAUUUCACAGUAUAUUGUUCCAUAGAGAGCAUUUAAAUCCAGAGUAAUCUUAUUAACCCAUAGUACUUUAUGGUGGCUCACUACACCCUGAAAUAGUUUCUCAAAUCAGUACGAAUUGUAAUCAUAAAAGAUAUGAUGUAUAAGUAUGUAUGCCAAAAAGGCAUAAAAUAUGCAAAUUUGGAAAAAAACAUGAUUUUCAAAAAAAUUGUUUGAAAACAUAUGAACAAAAGACUUGGGCAGAUUUGAACACAAGAUCUGAAGUUCACCACCCAAUGCUUUAACCACUGAGCUAUGAUGAUAUACAAACAAAUUGAUUGACACAAAUAAUUUCACAAAACAUUUAAAUCGCCGUCUUGUGAUGUAGUGUCAUAAAGAGUAUAAGCUUUAGUGUAGUGAGCUACCUUAAAUAUCAACAGUACUUUUUGGAAAAUGUUUGGUGAUAAAUUUAAUUAGAAUGCUACUCGGUUUAUUUUCUAUUGAUGUGCAGCAAGAAUUCAGUGUGACAAUCAUCCACACAAAGACAUGGUUAUUUUCCCAUCCCUGUCUGAGCCAUUUAUAAGACAAAAAAGAGGUGGUCAAUGAUUUUAACCUUAUCAAUUCACAUGUUCCUGUAAUAUUGUGUGAGGUUCUGAAUGUUUUUUUCUGAAUAUUUUAUCACAGUUUAAAUCUUACCUUAAUUGUGCAUUUUAAGACUAUUGGCUAUGUUGAUAUAGCAAUGAACAUUGGCUAUGUUGAUACAGACUCGGUAUUUGAAGAAAUGGGCAUCAUGCAGCUAUUUUGAUAUAGACAGUACUUGUAUCGUUUCAUAUGUCUCAGUGGCGGAUCCAGAGGAGGGGGUUCUAGAAGUUGGAAACCACCACCACCCCUUUUGUCACAAAAUUUUGCAGAAAAAAAAUGCAAAAAUAAAAAUUCCUGGAUCCGCCCUUGUCUCUUCAUGAUCCCGCAAUACUGGGAUUACUGUAAUCUCUGUUUCACGACCCCACAGUACUUGCAUUACUGUACUCAGUGUUUAUCCAGCAUUUUUACACUGUUGUUCAUUUUACAUGUCAAAUAAACUCAAGUGAUUCAUU